CAUGGAGGCAAUUUGGCUUUACCAAUUUCGACUGAUUGUUAUUGGGGACUCCACUGUUGGAAAAUCAUGUUUAAUUAGGCGAUUCACAGAAGGCCGUUUCGCACAAGUGUCGGACCCAACAGUCGGGGUAGAUUUUUUCUCCCGCCUGGUGGAGAUUGAACCUGGGAAACGCAUUAAACUGCAGAUUUGGGACACUGCAGGCCAGGAACGCUUCAGGUCUAUUACCAGAGCAUACUACCGUAACUCUGUGGGAGGUUUGCUGCUCUUUGACAUAACCAACCGUCGCUCCUUCCAGAACGUUCACGAGUGGCUAGAAGAGGCACGCAGCCAUGUGCAGCCCCACAGCAUUGUCUUCCUGCUGGUCGGCCACAAAUGUGAUCUGGAACCACAGCGUCAGGUGAGCCGGCAAGAGGCAGAGAAGCUAGCAGCUGCAUACGGCAUGCGCUACGUGGAGACUUCAGCACGUGAUGCCAUAAACGUGGAGAGGGCUUUUACAGAGCUAACACGGGAUAUAUUCGAGCUGGUGAAGAGUGGGGAGAUUACCAUCCAGGAAGGUUGGGAGGGAGUGAAGAGCGGGUUUGUACCGAACGUGGUGCAUUCGUCAGAAGAAGUGACAAAGGGUGACCGCCGGUGUUUCUGCUGAGUCAGUAAUCGCCACACUGGUACUUAUGAAACAUUUGGGCCCUGGUGGACAAAAAAACCCCACUUCCUCCAAUCACAGGGUCAGUCUUCAACUCCCUGAUUAAGAUUAUCACCCCUUUCCUGCCUGCUGAAUGUCUAAAUGAGUCCCACCAUGCCAUAUUGCUUCACUUUUCUAUAUUACUUUACUCAUUUAUCUAAUCCCACAAUCUUGUAAAUGGACAAAUUGAACUGUUAAGAAUAAAAGGCUAUUGCAGAACUCCUGCUGAAAGGCUGAUCAGAACAAUAUCUGCACUUUAACUAUAACAUCUCUCAUUCAUUCUGUUGAGCCACGAAAGUUAGACUUCCCAAAUGAAGAUGCUCUUGCUAUGGACAUCGCAGUAUCGAGAACAAGCUUGUUCCAGGUAUCUUCUAUUUGUUGUAUCAUGGGGCAGAUAACUGACUAAAACAAGUUUUACUUGCUGACUUAAAUGAUGAAUGCUGAGAUAUGCAUUUCUGUUGACUCAAAGAUCUCAGACUUGAAACAUUUGACUGC